AUCCUUCCAUAUCAACCCAUCCACACACCCCCCCCCUGGCCUGUCGCUGCCGCCAAAUAUCGACCUGCUGCUCAUCCAUUCGCCGCCGCCAAUCGUCAUUUCUCCGUCUCGCUGCGGAUACGAAACUCUUCGACUCGCUUCUGCCUUCUCUUUUUGCGCCACCGCAUACUCCACGGAUGCCUCCGACUCUCCCCAAACCACGCUCCAUGAACACAUCGCUGGUCAUUCCCAACCGAACUGGCCCGAACCGAACCGAACCGGACCCGGCAAUAUCCGCAUCGAUCCCGACUCCCUAUAGUUCUGUCGCAAUGAGUUUGUUGGUCUACGAUCCUACCAUUGAAGACUCGUAUCGAAAGCAGAUUCUGGUCGACGGAAAGCCGUGCCAGCUGGAAAUCCUGGACACGGCCGGACAGGAAGAGUAUAUUUCUCUCCGCGACCAGUGGAUUCGUGAUGGCGACGGAUACGCCAUCGUCUAUUCGAUCAACGACCGGAACACAUUCGAGCGUAUCGAAAAGUUUGCCCUCCAGAUCGCCAGGGUGAAGGAGAGCGAGUACUCGAGCCUGCUGCUCAUCGGAAACAAAAUCGAUCUGGACUCCGAGCGCCAAGUCUCGAAAGAAGAAGGUGCCGCCAAGGCCCGGCAGCUUGGUGCCGAGUUCAUCGAGACCAGUGCAAAGACCUCGAUCAACGUCGAAAAGGCGUUCCAUCAGAUCAUUCGCAGCUUCCGUCGAUAUGCAACCGGCGGAGCUACCAGCGGGGCGUCCUCAAAGAAGUCCCAGGGAUGCCACUGCAUCAUUGUUUAGGCAACGUCCUCUGGCUCUACCCUUCGUCCCGCCUUCUCGACUGUCCUCCUGUCCAGAACCCACCAGCCUUCUCCAAACGCAUGCGAUUUCGCUGCUCGAGUGUCUAUUUAAUUGCUCGCUUCCCUUGCCAUGCUCCCAGAUGCUCUUGUCCUGCCUUGCCAUUCUUCUGACCCAGCAGGUCCUCCAACCGGCCUUCCCGUGUCAGAUACG